AUGGCUUGCCGUCUUGUCCUUUCGUUCUUUCUGGCUUUUGCCUUGUAUUUCUCUGACGUCUUUGCUGGACCUUGUCGGCCAAAACUUGUCUCUUCCUACGCUGUUUCAAGCGUUGCGACGAGCGGUGCCUCGACAGAUCUUGCCAGUCUAACGUCCUUCUUUGAAAGAUUGACUGUGGAAAUCUCCGCAAGCGCAUCGACUGACAUCUUGACUGGUGGCGGGGAGACUGGUGCGACACAGGCAACUGAUAGCCUAUCUCCGAGUCUGCCUACCAGUCUUGUUACGACUGCGACUACAGAUGGGGAGACCACUGCCACCGCCACCGACUCUGCUUUAGAUACUCCCAGUUUUACGACGGGUUCUGUCGCUGAUGAUUCCUUUUCUAUAACCAACGGCCUCGGAACCGACAUCUCUAGCUCCACAUCGGGUUCUGUCGCUACAGGUCCUGCCAGUUACACAACCAGUGGUGCCACAGUAGACACCACCAACGCUGCUAUAACGAAAGUCUCUGACCCCAUCACCGGCUCUACCACUACAAACGCGCCAAUUGAUGCGACCAGUAAUACUACAGCUGAUGUUUGUAGCCUCACUACGGACUCUGCCGCCUCUACUUACACCAUCAGCGACUCCGAAACGGGCACCACCACUGGCCCUGUUACCACCACCUCUGCCGGUUACUGUGUCUGCGCCACUGCCAUCGAACCCGUCACCACCGUCGCAGCCACAAGAUCACCAGAGACCACCGAGACUGAGAUCAUUGUGGUUACAGACAAACUCGCCGACGAAACCAAGAUCCUCGUUGAUGCUCCAUCUACCGACGUUAUCGCCGGACCUGACAGGACUGUCACUGCUGUCCGUCACGACGGAAGUAUCGAGAUCAUUGAGCCAAAGACCAUCUACGACACCAUCGCCCGCACGACUAUCGAGCUCCCGACUGCUUAUAAAACGGUUUAUACCACUGAUGAUGAAAUACGUCGGCACUACCAGCAUACGACUGAGAUUACAACCUCUACAUCCACAGGCGUGGUCACCGAGACUAUCACCAGUAUCGAGAGCAUCCCUACUACCUCCACCGAGUACGUAGUCACGGGCACAACCAUCAAGUUCGCUCCAGGAAUGAAAAUCCACGUGACCAACUCUCGCACAUUCGUCGUUUACUCGGCCCCAUCUAUUUGGACGCAUGUUUUGUACACGACUACCGAUUACAUCACCUCUGCCUGGACGACGGCCAUUGUUCAUUCGACAGAUACUGACUAUGUCACCAUUCCGACAGAGAAUGUUGAGAUCACUACCGCUACGAACACAGUGGACGAGACAAUCAUCAUGAGCACCGACACUGGCUUUACUGUAAGCACUGUCACAACUAACGAGUGGGCCACAGAGACUUCUGUCUCUACUUCAACAAGCACCAAGCUUCUCCCUCCAAAGUACACUCAGCACGAGUUCCCCUGGCUACAGAACAAGAAACGAGCCAUCGCCAGCACCACUCUCAAGGCUCGCGCCGCUCUGCCCGACAGCCUCGAAGAUCAAUGGAUUAGCCAAUUUGGUGAAUCCCAUUUCCAUAGUGCUUGCUCAUGUUUCCUUUCCUCCUCUCUCCCCACAAGGACCGUUCACAUGUCAGCGGAGCCGGAGACGAUCAUCGAGAAGUCCACCAUCAUUAACAAGAUUUAUGGCGAUACCGUUACGCUGACCGUUACCACGGCUGCGGCCGUCACUACCCAAAAGACCGUGACGGAGAUGACUAUCGUGGAUGGGACUACAUCCAUCGAGAUGCGCACCGUCCAUGAGGACGUCACUCAGACUAUUCUAUCCACGCCUACAGCCCAGUCUCUUAUCACAAGGGUCAUGAUCAACGAUGAUGUAAAGCAGGUUACGAAGGAGAUCGCCGUAAUUGACACAAUUACUUUAUAUGGUAUCGCUACAGGAUACACGUGGAUGGAAGUUACCCAGACCCAAGACAUUUACGACCUCCGCAGCAAACUAUUCCCUGUUGUUCAGACAAUUGACAUUGCCGAGACGUCUACCUCCACUCUCCCGACUACCACUGUUAAAACUACUUUGGAUGUAACUUCCACGGCACUGUCCACUGCCGAUGAGACUGUCUACGAUGCGUUUACCAGCAUUGUUCCUGUUGCUGUCACCGACGUGAAGAAGUUCACAUACACAAAGACUAUUUUUACUGAUGCGACAUCGGUUUACUCAAUUGAGGCUACCAACACUAUUGGUACGAUUGCGACAACAACAUUGACUACGCUCACCACCGUCGCCAAUGGAGUCACAUCCACUAUCACCACUAUCUUGUCUAGCGACGUGACGGUCACAGCCCAAGCUAUCGCAACAGAGACAUGCGCCAUGCCUAUCAAGGACGGCGAUUUCGAGUACGCGCCCGGUAAUAGCCCAUGGUACAAAUCCUUCAGAUCCAAGUACGAUUGGAACAAGAAAUGGCUCGACGAUACCCACGGCAAGGUCCUCCAGACGGAAAGGCUCUACAACAACACCAACUUUAUCCUAUGGCAGGACAUCAAGUCAUGCAAGGGCGUGACUUUCAGCUGCGACUACCAAUUUUGGAUCAAUAAGUACUACUACGUCAAGGGCGGCAAGAUACCUGGCAAGGGUAAGAAUGACAAUAGCGACUCGGCAUUCUACUGGUGGACACCGUACGUCUGGACUUUCUGGAACGACAAUUCUGCCACGAUUGGAGAGCGGUGGCCCAGGGAUUCGAGCGAGACUGGAAGGUGGAUGGGUGCCAACAUCAAAUUCCAGACUACUGGCAAUGUCGAUAUGUUGUGGGUCUACCCUGCAAGCCCACAGUGGCCGUGGGAAGGCGACAACUUUCUCAUGCUGGAUAACUACAAGUGUAAACCGAUUGCGUUCAAGGGACCGAACGGACCUGUUGGGGUUCCCUGCAAACGUUUGUGA